GCCAUUCAAUCCGGGGAUGGUGAACCUACAGCCAAAAACCCUCGCAAAGAACAUCGGUGCGACACCUGUGUACAGAUCUUCUCUAGUCCCAAUCAUCUAAAAACUCAUGUACGAACCCAUACUGGGGAGAACCCGUACGAGUGCAACUGCGGUGACAAGAAGUUUUCAGACAAAUCUGCUAUCAUUCAUCUUAAGGCACACAAGAAAUGUAUCGCAGAGCGCACGUUCUCUCGCAAUACGUGUGGAGAAUCCUUUCAGAGCCGCGCCUGUUUUAACGCCUCACAUCAACAACAACCAUCAAAAAACCGUAAACGCAGCGCUACGACCUCGAAUGACACACUAGGUGCGAAAAGAGCCAGGAAGUCUGCUGAUCCUGGUACUCGACCAGCUGCCUCUCAAGCAUCCGCUGCAACUGCAGGUUCCAGUUGGGAAGCGGAUCCAGUUCACAUUUCGACCAACCCUGUUUCAAGCUCUGACGAAGAUGUUGCUCAGACGUACUGGCAACACUGGUCACAAAUCCCCACCCGUUUCAGUCGCCAGAACAGACUGCAAGAUUGGUAUAAUUUUCGCCUCUCAACCAUCAACCCAGCCAACCUCCGCGAACAACUGAGCCGGAUAUUCGCCGAUCAGCCUACCGUGUUUAAAGUCAACUUCUCUUUUGGUUUUAUUCCGUGAAACACAGAAACUGGCGAUUUGCAGCACCAUCACCCCUCUGCCAACAACAAUUUCGUUUUGGAACAACCGUUUCUGAUCUCCAGUCACAAAGAUUUGGAGCCCUUGUAUCGAUUUCUUAGAGUGAGUUCGACAACAGAGACCAAAUUCAAAAUGGGUGAUGGAUCUCGUUUACAAUUGUUACUUGGUUUGUGUGGAAGAUCAGGGAUCAUCCAAUUGGCCACGAGGCAUUUCUUCCCACAUACAUAGGUGAGAAUCAUCGAAACCGUAAUACUGGCAAGCCUUAUGAUGACAAUUUCUGUUUCUUUCGCUGUCUGGCUUUGCAUAAUGGCUGCCAUACUAAGAACCUAGAGAGAGACACAGUAAAACCACCAGCAGUGAAGAGGACGAAAUGAAAAAUUAAACGAAGUGAACAUACAACUAUACAGCCUCGCACCUACUCAGAGCCACGGGGACGACAACGAAGAAAAUAUACCCGAGAUUGCCGCCACACUCCUCUGUCGCCCACACCACCACUACACCAGCUCGCUCUACUUGAACCUCUACAAGAACCAUUUAUCGUAUAUCAAAGAUCUCGCCGGGCACUCUAAAUCCUUUUGUUGUUCUCGUUGUGGUAAAUACUGGAAACGUGAGUCAAAUUUAAGACAACACGAGAAGGGGCUAGACCUGUGACGGCAAAGUGUAGCUCAAGUAUCCAAGGGGGCGUACCAUGUCCCAAAGACUGUGUUUGCAGAAUUAAAGGAAGAAUGUAUUAUCGUCCCGGGAACGAGCACGCCAUUUUCCCUACAGAGCCACAUUUGAUUUUGAGCGCUACUUCGAUAAAGAAAAAGUGCCAGAACUGAAAAACACAGACAAAUUAACCUGGGAAUCUAGCCAUGUUGCGCUUAGUGUUAAUGUCUGCCGUAACGUGCCUGGCUACCAAGCGCCUAAAUGUUUUGUGACUGAUGGCGAUCCAAAAGCAUUAAUUACAGAAUUUAUUCAGUACUUAAUUUCUAUCAGCACAAAAAGUUCAUCUCUGCUGCGUCAACAAUACACAGAAGUAUCUGAAGCUCUCAAAACCGCAAGAGCUCUGAAUAACAGUGAAUCUCACCAAUUGGCGCAAAUUCUCGUAGAUAUUCAAGAAGGUCAGCAAACUGAAAGUGAAGAAGGAGAAUUCGAAGAUGAUACUUGA